AUGUUGGAGCCAUGGGACGAGGUCCUGACCCUUCAGAGGGAACGCAAGCUAUGCGCCGAAGAUGUGCAGACCAUCAAGGCUGAAUGUGCCAGGGACCACGGCAAAAUCCAUGUCGUCGAGUGCCCCGACUGCUGGACGCGCCUCCUCAACCGGAUGAGGGAUCGCUACCUGAAUUCCGCCACCAAGGAGUGGUUCUCGGGACGCCGCGCCUUCUUGCAGGAGCUCGAUACCCUCUUCACCAGGGCCCACCAGCACGACGUCGACUUCAGAACCAUUGACCAGCGCAUAUACGACGAGAAGAAGGACUGGUAUCGCGACAAGGUCCGGAGUCUGAACCUCCAUAAGGCCUGUCAGACGCCGGCCGAGGCACGCGCACUGCAGCAGAAGUUGAACGAUCGCAGCAUUACCGCCGACCAGCUUGCUUCCGACCUGCAGGAAGCCUUUAGCGACGGCGCUGUCCGGAAUGAAGAAGUGUUCAAUGGCUUCAUAGACGCCUUGAGAGCGGCCAAGUCGCCCAAAGCGCGCACCGACGCCUACAUUGACAUAUUCUUCCAGCCCAACCACGACGUCGCGGGAGCCGCCAAGAGCCAGAAGUACAUGGACAUGGUGGCGAACGGGAUGCCCAUUGCCGACGCCAUCAACGCCAUGCUGCGCGACCGUCAGUUGGCCAAAGGCCACCAGGACGAGGAGAAGCAUCAGCUCCUGAAGAAGUACGAGGAGCUCAAGAGAGCCAAAGCCGCGCAUGAGCUGGAUAGAGCCAAGAAGGACAAAGCACGGCAGGACAGGGCCAGGGCUGCUGCGGCUGCCAGCCGUCAGCACGAUGAGCAUCAACUUCCCCCAUGCGCGGUCUGUCUUAAGAAGGUCGACGCGAAGGACUUCUCUGCGUGCCCACUGUGCCAGCUGCUGGCCGAACACUUUGGAGUGCGGAGGGAACCCGUCGUGUUCUGCUCCCAGGAGUGCAAUGACGCAGGCUACAGAGGACACAUGCAGGCGACACACGAAUGUGCGUCGGGCAUGGACUGCGUGCAGCUGCAUGACGAGGAUGUGGACAUGGAUGCCGGCCCGCCGGUGGUGGUCUUCUGUCGAGAGUGCGUAGAGAGUCUGGGGGUUCAGACCAUCUUCUGCUCGGCGCGGUGUUAUGCCGACAACUUUCAGCAACAUCGCGACCUGCUUCAUCUCAUAGAACGAGAAAAGGCGCGGCUCGAGGUGGAUGAUAAGGGCCAGCUCGAGUUCGAUCCGCAGGACAGGUCGAGGUAUCGAGCCAGGAAGAUCGAAGACCACAUAGUCACGCUGCCUGAUGCUAUGGCGGCAUGGCAACGGAAAUCUGGAGCUAUAGUGUUACCCUAG